AGAGACAGACAGAGACAGAGAGAGAGAACAGCCCAUGCUUGUAGGUGCUUUCUUACUAUAACCAUUCAGUCUUCUUCUUGUGUCAAAGAUGCAGGUUGUCAGUGGUGGAAAAUUACUUUGGAUAUACACUCUGCUUUUUACUUCUCAACAACUUUGGGGAAGACUAUCAGCUUCCACUUCCUCUCCCACUCUUCUGGCACCUGAAUUAGACAUUUAUUUAAGGUCAAAGGACUCAGUGGUUCUGGUCUGCCGGACCCCGGAGGGCCACCGCGGGGUUCUGUUCAUGUUGUAUCGGUUAAGAGAAAAGGUGGACUCUCAGGAGCUGCAGUCUGGUGGUGAGGAGGUCCGGUUCACUGUGAGGAUAGAGGAAGGGGAACGUGAACUCUUCUGCUGUCUGUACAAGAACCAGGAUGGUCGUUACAGCGCAUUCAGUCCCUAUUUGCAGCUGGAGCCCCAAAAACCUGCUGCCCCCACUCGCUCCAUACCCUCUUUCCCUCCUCCAGUGUUGUCUGUGAAACCCUCCACUGGUGUGGUAAAACGUGGGGAGAUGUUAUCCUUCAGCUGCUCAGUUCCCACUCUUCAGUCCCGGUCUCAGUCCCAGUCUGGCCAUAACAAAAAUCCAGUGACCUUCCUUUUAAUGAGGGCUGCUGAGCCAGCAGGGGUGACAUCCAUUAUUCUCCAGCCUCAGGCCAGUCAGGCAUCAAACCCUGAACCCCAGUCGGGAUUCUUCAAUGUGGGGCCAGUGUGGGGAGGAGAGGAGGGCGAGUACAUCUGCCUUUACCAAAUCACCAGAAAAAGGGCAUUGGUUAACUCAACUGUCAGCAACGUGGUUCAAAUCACUAUUACAGAUGCGAUGCCAGUGCCCACCCUUGUUCUCCAGCAGCAGACAGACGUGUGGCACUUGCUCUGCAUAGGGUCUCCUGCAUACCCGGGCUCUGUGUUCUCCCUUUACUUGGCUGAUAAUGAACUUCCUAUUGCCACUCACCAUGCCACCUUGAUCCACCAUCAGGCCAACUUCCCAGUGCCUGUCCAGGACACUCUAGUGGCUUUGUACCAGUGCCAGUACAGUGUCCUCCUGGAAAGAAAAUGGAUACAUUCUGAUCGCAGCCUCCCUUUGGCUGUAACCAGAGGAAGUCCUCCUCCAUCAUCACCAGAUUUGUCUGGCGUGGACUGGCCUCUUGUACUGGGCUCUUUCUCUGCUGUGGUAUUGUUCCUGUGUUCAGUGGCACUUGUGGUUGUGGUGGCACACAGGAAAGUAAAAGCAGCAGCCGAGGAAAAGAAGAAAAGACAGGAAGCACAGUUCUGGACUCAAGUUCAUGCCAAGGACCAUGUUGUUGACCUUACACUCAGGCGUACAAGCUUCACCUCUCAGGAAUGGGCCAAUGAGGAAGCAACUACAGAGACCGCCUCCAGAUCCCCUUUAUGGAACUCUCUCUCCACAUUCACAACCCCGAUUCAUCCGAUCCAUUAGAAAUGUUUGUUUUUUCUCUCCCUCUGUCUCUCUCUGUCUCUCUCUCUCUCUCUCUCUCUCUCUCUCUCUCUCUCUCUCUCUGUGUUUAUACUUUAUUUCAGAGUUUAUCAAUGUAGCAUCAGUUGGAGUUACACAGCAGGACAGGAAGGGCUAUUUCCUCAGUUCCUAUUUCAUGUGUACCAGUAAAAAUUGUACAAUUUGACAGGAUAUGAUGUUUGUUUGAUCUUACAUGUUACUGAGCCAGUGAAUAUAAAAAAAGAUUUUUAUUAUUAUUACA